GUCUAUUUCAGCUUUUUCAAACCAUUUGCAUACGCUUGACCUACUGCUUUACGGCUGCUUUAUUGUUCCACACAACUGCCUAUCGGAAAAAUCAUGUAAGUGAAUGCGCUUACGUGCUUUUAAUGUACUGUACCUUCUAAGGUCUGUUGAUAUUGAAAAGUUCUACAUGUCUAACGAGUGUUCUGCGGACUUUGUCAAAGAGAUUAGCAAGAAAAUGCAAAUCCCUCAUCGAAUUUCAUUUGGUGCCGCCGAACCUUCUCUUCCCUUGCCGAAUAACGGACCUCAUGAACGCUCAGAGAUGAAGGUUCCUGAGCGGAUUAUGAUUUCCGAUUCUCCUGAUGAUUGGAAUCCCACAAGAGAAGUAAAUAUAAAUGAUCUUGACAUAUAUCCAUUGAUCAAUCGUCCGAGCCUUGAACCGCCCCCAGCCACGUUGGUGUUGAAUGAAGUAGACUAUCCAGAUUUGGAAAGACUACAGCUAGAGACCGAACAACUCGUUUCUCCCCCGGUCAAUGCUAACCGCUCUGAUUCCGGUACGCAAAAUGUCCGAACCAGAGAGGUUCUCCGAAUAGCUCCACAGUUUUUGGCCUCCCCAGAACAAGCGAACAAUUCAGCUCGAUCUCUUAGCCCCACUCCCAAUGACAAACGUCUCCGAGCCUUGGAGAUGCGUGUCGUUCACCUGGAACAGGACCUUGUUCGACGCAAGCAAUGGGAUCAAUUCGGGUUGCUUAUGGUCGGCGUCUAUACAGUGGAUAGCGACUCAUCCAGUUAUGAGCUGAUCAUCAACUAUUUCUGGGUAAUAUGA